AGUCAAUUGGUUAUAUUAUAGAUAGAGGAUUGUUAUCAGAUAUUUAACUUUCUGUGGUAUUUGACAUAUUUUUACAAAGCAAUUAUCAACCUUUUUAAUUAAACUUUUUCCUCCCUACCCAUUUACGAGUUUUGUUGUCGGGUUUGUUGAAAAAGAAAAAUUGGCUAUCUUAUUUACUAUUAAUUCAAAGCACCAUGUGUAGACACUCCAUCGCUGCAUCUUCGUCUAACCCAGACCGUGAGGUGUUACCAACCAACGUUAAACCACUUCAUUAUGAUUUGACUUUGGAACCAUUGUUUGACACUUUCCGUUUCGACGGUACUGUUGAAAUAACACUUCAAGUCAACGAAAAUACUGACGAAAUUGUCUUAAAUAGCACAGAAAUCGACAUUCAUUCCGCUCACAUCCUUGAUGUUGAAGCCGACAAGAUUACUUUCGAUGAAGAUGCUCAAACAGCCACAUUCAAGUUUAAAGAUACAUUGGUCGCUGGCUCUCAGACUACACUUAAAAUUGUUUUCACUGGUGAGCUUAACAAUAUGGCUGGUUUCUACCGUUCAUCUUACCAAGAAGAUGGUAAGACUAAAUAUCUUGCUACUACCCAAAUGGAACCAACUGACUGUCGUCGUGCAUUCCCAUCUUUUGAUGAACCAGCUCUUAAGGCUACCUUCUCCAUCACUCUUAUAGCUGACAAGGAUUUGGUUUGUUUGUCAAACAUGGAUGAAAAGGAAACCACUAUCUUGGAAUCUGGUAAGAAACAAGUUUUGUUCAACAAGACUCCUUUAAUGUCCACUUAUCUCGUGGCAUUUAUUGUUGGUGACUUGAAGUAUGUUGAAAACAAUGACUUCAGAGUUCCAAUCAAGGUAUACGCUACCCCUGGUUCAGAACAUUUGGGUGAAUAUUCUGCUGAUAUUGCAGCUAAAACUUUGGCAUUUUUUGAAAAGAAGUUCGAUAUUGAAUAUCCAUUGCCAAAGUGUGAUAUGGUUGCCAUCCAUGAUUUCUCUGCUGGUGCCAUGGAAAACUUUGGUUUGAUUACUUACAGAACUGUUGAUUUAUUAUUGGACACCAAGACUUCAAACAUCAAUACCAAGCAAAGAGUUACUGAAGUUGUUAUGCACGAAUUGGCCCAUCAAUGGUUCGGUAACUUGGUCACCAUGGACUUCUGGGAUGGUUUAUGGUUGAACGAAGGUUUUGCCACUUGGAUGUCCUGGUAUGCCUGUGACUCUUUAUACCCAGACUGGAAGGUUUGGGAAUCUUAUGUUUCGGAUUCUUUACAACAUGCAUUGACUUUGGACGCAUUAAGAGCAUCUCACCCAAUUGAAGUCCCUGUUAAAAGAGCUGAUGAAAUUAACCAAAUUUUCGAUGCUAUCUCAUAUUCUAAGGGUUCCUCCCUUUUGAAGAUGAUUUCUAGAUGGUUAGGUGAAGAUGUAUUCAUCAAGGGUGUUUCCAACUACUUGAAGAAGCACAUGUGGGGAAACACUCAAACUUCUGAUUUAUGGGAAGCUCUCAGUGAUGUCAGUGGUAAGGAUGUCGUCAAGGUUAUGGAUAUUUGGACUAAGAACAUUGGUUACCCAAUUGUCUCUGUUAAGGAGUCUGAAGGAAAGCUUAUUGUUUCUCAAAACCGUUUCCUUGCUACUGGUGAUGCUACUGCUGAAGAGGACAAGAUCUUGUAUCCUGUAUUCUUGGGUUUGAAGACUUCCAAGGGUCUUGAUGAAUCUUUGGUCUUGGAUACCAGAACUAAGGAAUUUGAAACUUCUACUACUGAUGAUUUCUUCAAGAUUAAUGGUGAUCAAGCUGGUAUUUUCCGUACUGCUUAUGAACCUGCCAGAUGGGCCAAGUUGGGUCAAGCUGGUGUCGAUGGUAAGUUAUCUGUAGAAGACCGUGUUGGUCUUGUUGCUGACGCGGGUGCAUUGGCUUCUUCGGGUUAUAUUUCCACCACCGACUUCUUGAACUUGGUCAAGUCAUGGUCUAAUGAAUCUAACUAUGUCGUUUGGGAUGAAAUUUUGUCUCGUAUUGGAAAUGUCAAGGCUGCGUUAAUCUUUGAAUCAGAUGAUAUUAGAGUUGCAUUGAACCGUUUCAUCGUUGAUCUUCUUGGUGAUAAGUUAAAGUCUGUUGGUUGGACCUUUAGCGAUAGUGACUCUUUUGCUGAACAACAAUUGAAAUCAUCUUUGUUUGCAUUUGCCGUUGCUGCAGGUCAUGAAGAAGCCGGUGCCUUUGCCGAAAAGAGCUAUGCUGACUACAUUGGCGGAAACAAAGACGCCAUUCAUCCAAACUUGAGAACUACAAUUUUCAACCACGCUGCCAAAACUGGUGAUGAAAAAACAUUUGAUCAAUUAUUCAAGAUUUAUCAAAACCCUCUGUCAGUUGAUGAAAAAAUUACUGCAUUGAGAUCUCUUGGUAGAUUCACACAACCAGAAAUCUUAGAUAAGGUUACUGGUUUAUUGUUGAACAGUGAUGUUGUCAAGCAACAAGAUAUUUACAUUCCUAUGCAAGGAUUGAGAGCCACCAGAGUUGGUAUCGAAACCUUGUGGAGUUGGGUCCAAACCAAUUGGGAUACUCUUUUCGAAGUCUUACCACCAGGGUUGUCCAUGUUGAGUACUGUUGUUUCCCUUUCUACUUCUGGUUUCACCAAGAAGGAACAAAGAGCCCAAGUUGAAGAAUUCUUCAAGUCUAAGAACACCAAGGGUUAUGACCAAGGUUUGGCACAAUCUUUGGAUGUCAUCAAGGCCAAGGGUAACUGGGCUGAACGUGACGCUACCAAGAUUUCUGAAUGGUUGGCUUCUAACGGUUACUCUAAAUGA